UAUUUUUUUCCGUCGCAUAAAGAAGAAGGAUAUGGUCCUAAAAUCGUACGGGAAACGGUGUGAAUUCUUUUGUGUCCUGCGAAUAAUAGCAAUUUCUGCGGGAGAAAAAAUCUUUAGUCGAAUUUUUUGUUAGCAGUUGUUUGAUUCGCGUCAGGGUUUUAUAAUCAGUAGGCGCUAUUUUAUCACUUUAACACGGUUAUCAGGCCAUGAGCUCCAGCAGUCCCACCAGACAGCUGGCAGACGGACUGACUGCACCUCGACUGCUGCUGAUGACUGUAUUGAGCCGAGAGAUGCAGAUGCGGUCUGUGUGGGUCCUCCGUCUGGAGUAAAGCCUCUCUGACCUAAAACCAGAGGAAGGAGCUCUGAACCAUGGAUAAAACGCAAAGGUGCGCCUGUCAUGCUCAGGAGUGAGGAGAAGAGCAGCUGAAGAGGAGGAGAUGGGCUGCACCUCUGCCAAGCAGGUGUCUGCCGUGCCCAACGGUGAGGAGAGCCAGAAUAAAGCCUACAGCAACGGGGACCUCCUCUCUGAUGAGUACAAGAUGAAAGGAGUGGAGAAAGUCAAGUACAUCAGUGGAGAAGAGGGAGGAGUGGAUGGCCAGGACAGCACAGAGAAAAGUGCUCUCCUUGGCAAAGGUCAACACAUGGAUGAAACAGGAUCAAAUGGAAAUGAAAAGAUACUGAGCAUCCACUCCUCGGAGAGUCAGCAAGAAUUCUUCAGGAUGUUGGAUGAGAAGAUUGAGAAGGGCCGGGACUACUGCUCAGAGGAGGAGGACAUGACAUAGCACUGUGGUCAUGUAUCCAUCAGUCCCAAAAUGAGAGGAACUGUCAUUCCAAUGUUAUGGAUGGACCGUACCAUGUGAUACCAUGUUCGGGGGGGUGACUCUGUCUUGUUUUCACUGUCCCUUGUAUGUAAACGCCUGAGAAGAAUGGAUUCCUGACUUGAAUCAAGCACCUUUUUGCCCCUCCUGCUCACAACCUGCUCGUCUGAUUAACCCAGAGAACGGACUGAAACCAAAAUCAAAGAUGGUUCAGUAUCUAAGUUCGUAAAGCUCUUCAAAGGGAGAGAACACUGAGGUUUACCUUCUUGAUGAAGCCACUGAAAUCUAGGGAUCUUAAAGGAACACUUGCUUUUCUUUCCCUGCCUGGAUAACUCCUGACAUGGCUGUCACUGAGACUUCCUGUAGACAUUCGAAACACAGACUGUUGCAAAUCUAAAUUUACCAGCAGCGGAAAUGACCAGCGCCGUUGUGGACACUGAGUCAAAGUGAAAAUGAUGUCUCCAUCUGCGUCAUUCUGAAUAUUUCAUCCUUGAAUGCCUCCCUGAAAAGUCAACAGGUUGGAAACUUCCCGCAUUCCAAGACACAGUAUGAACCUCUUUUCUACAGCACGUUGGUCAGUUGUGUUUGUCUGUCCAUGUCUGUUUCUGUUCUGAUGUAGAGUAUUUAUUUUGAAUAAGGCUCAGGGUUGAAGUGUUGUUAUCCUUGUCCCAUGUAGUCAAGUCCUUCCUCUCAUUAAGACACUGCUGCACCAUUUAAAAAAAAAAAAAAAAAAAGACACACAUGCACUCAAACAGCAGGGUUACUGCUACGGUAUCUGUUCCAUGUUAACCCUACAGCGUGGACACUGCAACGUCACAUAUUAGCCUCAUCGUGUAUUUCGCUCACCAGUGUUAUGUUGUUGUAUUCAGUUUCUAUGUUGAGUUUUUGUUUUUCUAGAAAAAUAAAAACGUGUUUUCAGUAAUGUU